AUGAUUUUGGCUGAUUCGGAGAUCGACACACUCAAGGCGACCAAGACCAUUGGCAUCAUCGGCCUCGGCGACAUGGGCCUCCUGUACGCGCGGCGGUUCAGCCAGGCCGGCUGGAACGUGUGCGGCUGCGACAGAGAGGAGAACUACGACAAGUUCAGCGCCGAGCCGUUCGAGGUGCUAAAAAACGGGCAUCUGGUCUCGCGCAAAAGCGACGUGGUCAUCUACAGCGUGGAGGCCGAGAACAUCGCCAAAGUCGUCAGGAUGUACGCGCCGUCCACCAAGGUCGGCGCCGUCGUGGGCGGCCAGACCUCGUGCAAACAGGCCGAGAUCCGGGCGUUUGAAGAGUACCUGCCCGAAGACCUGGAUAUCGUGUCGAUGCACUCGUUGCACGGACCGAACGUCGACACCACGGGCCAGCCGCUGGUGUUGAUCAACUAUCGCGCAAGCGACGCGAGCUUCAACCUGGUCGAGUCGCUGCUGUCGUGUCUGAACUCCAAACACGUCUACCUGAGCUACCAGGAACACGACAGAAUCACGGCCGACACGCAGGCCGUGACCCACGCAGCGUUUCUCAGCAUGGGAGUCGCCUGGCACAACAACAACCAGUAUCCCUGGGAGACUCCGAAGUGGCUUGGCGGAAUAGAGAACGCCAAGAUCAACAUCAGUCUCAGAAUCUACAGCAACAAGUACCACGUCUACGCCGGCCUCGCAAUUACAAACCCUUCGGCCCACGAGCAGAUCCUGCAGUAUGCCAACUCGUGCACGGAGCUGUUUUCGCUCAUGAUCCAGAACAAGGGCGAAGAGCUGCGGCGCAGAGUGUUUGCUGCCAAACAGGCCGUUUUCGGCAAGCUACCUAAGGACCACACUCUGUUGCUCGACGACAACCUGCUGCAGCAGUACUCGCUGAGCAAGAUCCCGCCAGAGGGCAAGCACCCCAACUCGCACCUCUCGCUUCUGGCAAUCGUGGACAGCUGGAGCUGUCUGGGCAUUGUGCCGUACGACCACAUUAUCUGCUCAACUCCGCUGUUUCGGAUCUUCCUUGGCGUGACAGAGUAUCUGUUUUGCACGCCCGGCCUUCUGGAGGAGUGUCUAGAGGACGGUCUGAGCAAGACCUCGUUCCGCCAGGACGAUUUGAAUUUUGUCAUUGCCGCACGCGAAUGGUCGAGCAUCGUUUCUUUCGGAAGCUACGAGCUGUACAAGGACAGGUUUGUGAAGACCCAGAAUUUCUUCAUGCCGAUGAUCGGCGAGGCUAACAAGACAGGCAACGAGAUGAUCAAGACGAUUCUCCAGCGAGUGGCGGAGCGUGAGGGCGGCCCUGUCGCGGGCCAAAAAUAA